CGUUUAACCGAGAAAACAUUUCAUUUUUGUACACUUAUUACAUGGGUUACUAGAAUAAAUUAGUUUAAAACGAUGUUGUAUAAAAAUCGAAUUAUUUUAAAAACGAUUGAAUUAUGAAACUGCAUCAGGCAGUUUCCACGGCCACCUAAAAGGUCCUGCUGCCAUUUGACAUUCCUUGCCUGUUAGCAUGGUGGUUAGCAUGUUAGCUGGGUGUAAGAGCAGUGGUGUUUAGUGGUGUUUAAUGAUGCUGGCUUUGCUCUCUGCGGCUGCUGCUCCUGUCCGUUUUGGACUGAGGAUUUUACAACGUUCUUCACUCAUUGCUGCUGUUGGAAAACUGUCGUUAGCUCGAUUACAUGUCCACACUAACAAGAACCUGACACUGAAUUACCUGAAGCCGCUGUGGGCUGGAAAUGAUCCCUGGUCUACAUUUAAACUUCACUCAGGUGACACUUCUAAAGGUGGGACAAUCAGAUCAGCUGUAGAACACAGGCGGCAGAUGUGCUAUGGACAACCAGGAGGAGGAGGAGGAAAGAAAGGAGGGAAGAGAGACUGGAAAAGUCGUUUACAGCAGGGUGAUGUUCCAUGGGAUGAUAAUGACUUCCGUUACACAGCGAUCACAGUGGCAGGUGUUGCAUCUGCCCUGCUCUACUUGUACCUCCGGGAUCCAGGCACUGAAAUUACUUGGAAAGACUUUGUCCAUCUCUACCUGGCCAGAGGACUGGUUGAGGGUUUGGAGGUCAUUAAUAAGCAGUUUGUCAGAGUCAUCCUAGUCCCUGGUGCACAUGGGUCAGAUGGAAGCUAUGUAUGGUUCAACAUUGGCAGCGUAGACACCUUUGAGCGAAAUCUAGAAGCAGCUCACUAUGAGCUGGGACUGGAGUCAUCAAACACAGUGCCAGUUGUGUACCGCUCGAAGAUUGAUGGGUCUUUUAUUAAGAGCAUUAUACCUACUUUGCUGCUGAUUGGUUUUCUGCUCUUCACUCUACGACGAGCAUCGAUGGGUGGCGGCGGCGGUGGUGGAAAGGGGCGUGGACUUUUCGGCAUGAGCGAAUCCCCUGCCAAGAUGAUGAAGGACAACAUAGAUGUGAAGUUUAAAGAUGUUGCUGGGUGUGAGGAGGCGAAACUGGAGAUCCUAGAAUUUGUCAACUUCCUGAAGAACCCACAACAGUACCAAGAUCUGGGUGCUAAGAUCCCUAAGGGUGCUGUGCUGUCAGGACCUCCAGGAACAGGCAAGACUCUGCUGGCCAAAGCCACUGCUGGAGAGGCCAAUGUGCCCUUUAUUACUGUCAAUGGCUCUGAAUUCCUUGAGAUGUUUGUGGGCGUAGGUCCAGCCAGGGUGAGGGACAUGUUCGCUAUGGCAAGGAAGAACGCUCCCUGCAUCCUAUUCAUAGAUGAGAUAGAUGCAGUUGGCAGGAAGAGAGGUGGAGGAAACUUUGGUGGUCAGAGUGAGCAGGAGAACACCCUCAACCAGCUGCUUGUGGAAAUGGAUGGAUUUAACAGCAGUACAAAUGUUGUGGUCUUGGCUGGAACGAACAGACCUGAUAUUCUGGACCCAGCUCUGAUGCGGCCGGGGAGGUUCGACCGGCAGAUAUACAUCGGACCUCCUGAUAUAAAGGGCAGAGCCUCCAUCUUUAAGGUUCACCUGAAGCCCCUCAAACUGGACCCGAAUUUAGACCCAGAUGCUCUUGCUAGGAAAAUGGCUGCUUCCACCCCUGGUUUCACAGGUGCUGACAUUGCGAAUGUGUGUAACGAAGCUGCCUUAAUUGCAGCCAGAUAUCUCAGCAAAGCCGUCAAUUCCAAACACUUUGAACAGGCCAUUGACCGAGUGAUCGGAGGUCUUGAGAAAAAGACACAAGUCUUGCAGCCCACUGAGAAGAAGACAGUGGCUUAUCACGAGGCUGGACACGCUAUAGUCGGCUGGUUCCUCGAGCACGCUGACCCACUACUCAAGGUUUCCAUUAUUCCACGUGGGAAAGGUCUGGGCUACGCACAAUACCUGCCUAAAGAGCAGUACCUGUACACACGGGAGCAGCUGUUUGACAGGAUGUGCAUGAUGCUGGGUGGUCGUGUGGCUGAGCAGGUUUUCUUUGGCAGAAUUACCACCGGCGCUCAGGACGACCUGAAGAAAGUCACACAGUCGGCCUACGCUCAGAUCGUGCAGUUUGGGAUGAGUGCAAAGGUGGGCCAGGUUUCCUUCGAUCUUCCACGGCAAGGCGACACGGUGCUGGAGAAGCCCUACAGCGAGGCCACGGCCGAGCUCAUCGACCAGGAGGUCAGAGAACUGGUGGACGGUGCCUACCAGAGAACUCUGAAGCUCAUCACAGAGCAACGUGACCUGGUUGAAAAGGUGGCAAAGCAUCUCCUGGAGAAAGAGGUUCUGGACAAAGCCGACAUGGUGGAGCUGCUCGGUCCCAGGCCGUUCGAGGAGAAAUCCACCUAUGAGGAUUUUGUGGAUGGCACAGGCAGCUUUGAGGAGGACACAAGCCUACCUGAGGGGCUAAAGGACUGGAACAAGGAAAAGGAGAAGAACCAGGAUGAGGUGGAAACCACCCAAAAAAAACAGGCAGCUUAAACUCUGAACAAGAUCUCAGACUGUCUCUCGUACCAGACCGAGGUGGCAUUUCUCUGGACAAAAGGUCAACACUUUGUGCUGUGACAUGUCUGUGUUUCACACGUGAAAUGUUCCUAAGAGGCUUAUAAUAAGAAUGAAAAUGCCUUAAUCAUCAGCAGAGGAACAGGAGUGAAAAUCUUGCACUGAAGUCUGUACGCCAUUUUGUCUUUUAAAAACCGGAUACACGACUUCGGACCUUGUUAUUUAAUUUCAGCAGUUUUAGUAGCUGGUGAUGGACUGAUUUUGUUUACAUUGUGAAUUUUUUAAUCUUCUUUAUGAAACAAAAGAGAAAAGAUGAUGUAUAUUUGUAUUUAUCAUUUGCAGACUGGUAUGAAAUCCUCAAUCAGACAAACCUGUAUGUUACACUUAUUUAAUUAAACACACCUAUUCCCACACACACACACACACACACACACACACACACACACCAUACCGUUUGUAAAUGAUUUUUCUGGAUGUCUUCUGUUUCACCAAAAACUUUUCAUGUACUCAAAAAUAAUGUGUUCACAAUAACAGGUGAAUAUAUA